AAACAAUUGAAAAGUGAUUUGAUAACUAUAACAGUAAUAGUAUUAGUAUUAGUAGAUUUGAUAACUGUUACAAGUAAUAGUAUUACUUGGUAAAAGAUUAUUUAUAUUUUGAUAUUAUCAAAAUAUAUUUAAGAUUAUGUUUAGUUAUGUUGUAACAUACACGUUACAACUGUGCUGUAAAAUUCACUAGACUAUUUCAAUUGUUAUUUUAUUAGUCUGUUACAAAGAACUUUGUUUUUGACUGCACGCGCUAAAUUCUUUAGGUUGAAAUAAUUUUGAUUUUUAUUGUACUGUAGCGAGUAAAGUCGAAAAGAGUUUUUGCAUUGUUAUCAAAUGAGAAGAACUAUUGCAGAAGAUUCAGAAUGAUCCCAGCAGCCUCACUUCUUUUUGGAUAUUGGCCUUAAGCUUUUGGAUUGCUCUUGACAUAAUAACAUACAAUUAAUCCUUUAACAAAUGUGACUCCAUCUUGUUGGAAUCACAAUUCUGGAAUGUUUUCUACUUCUGGUUAUAAAACAUUUUCAAAGAUUGCCUGGAAUUUAGCUACUAUCCCAGAUUUAACAAAGUUAUGUCUUUCAAGUAUAGUAAAGAAUUUUGCAAAUAAUCCUGUUUUAAAAGAUUUGUUACCGCAACACCAGUCAAAAGUUUUAGAGGAGUUAGAUGUCAGACUACCACUGAGUGUAACUGCUAAUCUAAUUGAAGAUCAAGGCUAUUGGAAAAGGUGUUUUAUAUCAUCAUGGGGAAUAGCUGAUGAAUCUUUGUAUGACCAUGACUGGAAAAGAAUGUAUUUUGAAAAAAAUUUGGAAGGUCAUAUAGAAAACUUUAUACCUGGUACAACUGAUCCUUCAUUGUUAAAUGAAACUUUGAAGUUAUCAGGGAAAUUCAUAAAACGCUUAGAAAUCAAACAGCUUCUUCCUCCAAUUAAAGUACCUCAGCAAAAUCUCAAUGAUAGUUUUUCUGACUGUGAGAGCGAUUCAGAAGACAAUGUAUUUGUUGGUGAUCAUUUUGACAUAAACAUUUUGGUGAAAUUUGUUCCCUGUUUAAAUGAACUAAGCCUUUAUUAUGGCGUGCAAAAGUGUGGAAUGAAUUUUGAAUGGAAUUUAUUUGAGUUUACAAUGAGAGAUUGUUCUCUCUUAGCAAAGGCUUUACCCCUUUUCUCGCAGUUGACAUUGUUUCAGUUGUGCAAAAGCAAAGUAGAUGAUGUCAAAGCUAGAGUAAUUAUAAAAAGUAUAAUUGAUCAUCCAACACUAAAGACACUCGAUUUUUCCCACAACAAGCUCGGUGAUAAAAGUGCAAGAGCAAUCGGAAAACUAUUAAACAACCAUUCCCAUCUUGUAAAACUUGAUCUCAAGGAUAAUCAUAUAUCAGGAGCAGGUGCUGCAGCUAUAGCAUAUGCUAUUGAACUUAACUCUACUUUAAAGUUUCUAAAUUUGCAAUUGAACCAGUUGCAAGACAGUGGUUGUCAAUCAAUCUGCAAAGCAUUAUUAAUCAACCAAACUCUUACUCAUUUGCAUCUUGGUAGUAAUGGCAUUAGUGAAGUAUCUAUUGAUCUGCUUUGUCAAGUUGUAUUACAUAACAAAACACUAUUGAGUCUUAAUUUAUCAUGUAAUUCUAUCAAAGAGAAAGCUGGAAUAUCUCUUCAAGAGGCAUUAAUGGAUAACUCAUCUUUAGUUGAUUUGGACUUGCGUCUAUGUGAUGUCAGUAUUUAUUGUCUAUACAAUAUCAAUCAACAUUUAAAAGCAAACAGUGAGAAGAAAAAAGAAAGAUAUAUAAAGCAGUUUACAUAUUGAUUUUAAAAUGUUAAGUUGAAACGUAUUUUUUUAA